UUCACACUAUAUGAAGGGGCUCAGGACGGUCUCUAGGUUUACUCACACGGCAAGGAUGGGUCAUUUGAUCUCGCUUCAUGUUGUACUCUCUCUAUUCCUUCUCUUUCCCUCGCCUUCCCUUGGGAAAUUAGGCCACCAUUCCCCUCCAUGGCAUUCACCAUUUUGGCCGCCCAACCACCACCAUGGAUUACCACCAGCAGCACCUUAUACUCGUAGUCCACCAGAACCUCCAAAAACACCACCAUAUGGGUACAAGUCCCCACCGCCGCCGCCGCCGGAGUACAAGCCGCCCAUAUACAAGCCUUCACCACCAUCGCCACCACCGGGAUGCGAGUCGCCACCACCUUACAAGUCUCCACUGCUGCCUCCGAAGCCAUACAAGCCCCCACCAGCGCCACCUCCAAUAUACAAGCUACCACCACCACCACCUAAAUAUAAGCAUUUGCCACCAAAGACAUACAAGUCUCCACCACCAGCACCUCCAAAAUACAUGCCGCCGCCGCCGCCACCAAAAUAUAAACCUUUGCCUCCAAAACCAUCCAAGCCUCCAUCUGCGACACCUCCAAUAUAUAAGCCACCACCACUGAAAUAUAAACCUCCACCACCGAAGCCAUACAAGUCUCCACUACCUCCAAUUUACAAGCCGCCACCACCACCAUCUCCCGAACAUAAACCUUCACCACCAAAACCAUGCAAGUCUCCGCUGCUGCCGCCAACGAAAUACAAGCCGCCGCCACCGAAAUAUAAACCUUUGCCGCCGAAGACGUCCAAGCCUCCACCACCGUCGCCUCCAAAGUACAAGCCGCCACCACCAAAAUACAAACCUCCGCCACCGAAGCCAUACAAGCCUCCAACAGCGUCGCCUCCAAAGUACAAGGCACCACGACCACAGUAUAAACCUUCACCACCGAAGCCAUACAAGUCGCCACUGACACCAUUACCACCAAAAUACAAACCUCUGCCACCAAAACCUUACAAGCCUCCUGGCCCUCCACCAACCCCACUUCCAAAAUACAAGCCACCACUACCACCAUCACCAUCACCAGUAUAUAAGCCUCGAACACCACCUAAACAUGAAUAUUGCGAGUCACCACCACCAUCUCCAGCACCCAUGCACAAGCCUCCGCCAAAAUACAGGACACCACCUGCACAUAAGGCCCCGGCGCCACCACACAAGCCUGGCUACAAGCCGCCUCCACCACCAUAUGAACCAAACCCUGUUUACAACUACAUUUCGCCGCCGCCGCCACACCAUCAUCAACCAGGAGUCCACCAGUGACCUGGAACUCGCACGAUGAAGGGAUUCCUAAUGGGCAUUCUACUAAGCCGCAAUAUGAUCUACCAUCAAGCUCUCUCCCACGCCAGUGCCAUGGUCAUGUUUAAGAGACAUCUAGUAAUGUUGAAGUCCGGUUAAGAAGCAUGUAACUAGAUCUUUUGACCAUUAUGUAUGGCACAAGCAAAAAAUAUAUGAAUCAUGACUUGCUAGCAAAGAUGCUGGUUUCAUCUGUGUGAUGAAAUGAAGCGUUUGAAACAAGAGAUUUAUUUUCAA